UUUUUGUUUGUGUUCAUUCCCCAUUCACCAGGACCCGGUGCAUCGGGUGCAUCUCACCCUCGUUGUAUAAUUUUAUCAGUAACCCAAUUUACAAAGUCCAAAAAUGCUCCGUUUGUUCCAAAAACUUGCCACCCGGAGUUACUGCACCGCCUCGACCUCAAAGUUGGUCGACUCCCUAUCGGAAUGCAUCGACGGUCUGGAAAAGGACACCCUGACCAAACUGUUCCAAAGUGCGCCACACCUGACCAAAUAUGCCCCGGAGCUGUGGAACCGAACGCACAAUCUGAUGGCCCAGGAAGGCAUCGAGACGGCCAACUUUCUCUCCAUCGUCACAGGGCAUCCGGAAGUUCUGACCCGGCAACCGAACCGGUUGAUCUCCAGCAUGAACUGCUGGCGAUCGUGUCAAUUUGGUGACCGACCGAUGCAAGUCCUGCUCUCAGCCCAUCCCCAGCUUCUGGACUUCAGUGACCAUAAUCAGCUGGCGCAACGGGUGGCAUUUUUGCAUUCGUAUUUCGAAACGAGAAAGAACGUUUGGCGGUUGUUCAUGAACUGCCCGAACCUGGUGCUGGACAAGGAAAGGGACAUCCGACCCAAGAUAGACUACCUGCUGCAGACGAUGCGGAUCGAAGUGCUGGAAGUGGUCAAGUCGUGUGCCUUUGCUGCAGAUAUGGAUCUGAUCCGUUGUAGGCACGUGUUCUUGGAGCGAUUGGGACUGUUCAAGCCACGAAGUCUGAAAGCAGAACCGGGCGAUCCUAGCAACAAUCCGAAGCUUAACCAGAUAACGGACACCUCGGAUAAGCGGUUCGCGGUGAAAGUUGCCUAUGUGACGCUGGAGGAAUAUGAGGCCUUUGUGGAGUUGUACCGGAAAGAGCGGAAUCGUUUGGGCGAAGGGCGGGAUGAGCUGGAUGACGACGAGGAUGAUGAUUUUGAGCUGGACGAUGGAGCUGACGAAGGCCGACAGGAGAGGAAGCAGAAGUACCGCAAGAGGACGAGGAGGAAUUCGGCGCGGUGAAGAAAGGGUUAUUGUUCAAGAAUAUAGAGUUAGACGAGAGGUUAA